AUGUGGGACAGCCUGGGCCGGAGCAUCUGCAUCUGCGUCCGCUGCCGCCGUGGUGUUCCCAACUGGAGACGGAAACUAAGUUUCGACGACGUGGGCUUCGAGCAAUCGAACUCAUUCGAGGAGCUGGAGGCCAGUGGCUCCAGCCAGUCACCACUCCAUCCUCACUCAUCAUUCGAGGAGCUGGAGGCCAGUGGCUCCAGCCAAACUACUCUCCAUCCUCACUCAUUAUUCGAGGAGCUGGAGACCAGUGGCUCCAGCCAAAAAACUCUCCAUCCUCACUCACCCUUCGAGGAGCUGGAGGCCAGUGGCUCCAGCAAGUCAACUCUCCAUGGCUCACCCGAGACAGAGACCCUCGCCCACUCGUCGCCCUUGCAGCCUCUGAGCCACAUACGAAACACCGAGGACCUAAAGGCAGGCGAGGUCUCAUGGUUCCCACAAGCCAAGACAUGGAGACUAAACGUGGAUGAGAUCCGCAAGGUCUACCGGGACAGGCUAGAGAGGGUUCAUGACUGCUUGGAGUGCGGCGUCAUCCUCCACAGCCACAAAGCCCUAGCCGAGCAUGAGAAGUUGGACGACCACGUCCAGGAAAAGGAGCGAAUCGAAAAUUUUUUUAAUUCCAAGGCCUUUAUAAACCCCCAAGACGCAGAGCCGAUCGCGGAGCCGGAGACCGUUGCCGAUAUAAUGGGUCUCAUAAUGGACGAGUCCUUCCCUGACUUGUUCCAAUAAACAUAUAUAUAUAAUAUAUUCAUUA